UUCCAUGAAUCAAAUAGUAUAAUACCAUUCCACUUGAAUAUACAAAAGCUAUUUGAGUAAGCCUCUGGCCAGACCAGCGCAGGGGAAGCAAAGACACGUGAAUCCAGGCGACGCAAUAUUACCGGUUCACUCCAUGACGUAAAGGCAUCAGUUUACGCAAAUCAGUCCAACUACUUUCAUUAAUGAAAGAUGUUCAAAAUACAUUAUAUAGACUCUCUCUAACCAUUUACCAUUUACUCAAACUUGGCUGGAGAAUGGCAUUGGCUUACUCCACCCUAACCUACUGGCUCGUGAACCACCCCUACAUCGCCAACUUCACGUGGACCGAAGGUGAAACCUUCGGCUCCACCGUGUUCUUUGUAGCCGUUGUAGUCUCCCUUUACCUCUCCGCAACAUUCCUCCUCCGACAUGCCGUCGUUUCACUCCCCUCACUCGGUUCCAAAAUUCUCAAACCAAUCACAGCCGUUCACAGCCUCGUCCUCUGCCUCCUCUCUCUUAUCAUGGCCGUUGGUUGCACUCUCUCCGUAACCUCAGACCCCACAAUGCGCCUUUUCCACACGAUUUGUUUUCCCCUCGACGUGAAACCUAAAGGACCGCUCUUCUUCUGGGGUCAAGUCUUCUACCUAUCCAAGAUCCUCGAGUUCGGAGACACGCUCCUCAUCAUACUCGGCAAGUCAUUCCAACGGCUCUCGUUCCUCCAUGUGUACCACCAUGCAACGGUUGUGAUCUUGUGCUUCACCUGGCUCCGAACCCGCCAGUCGAUGUUUCCUGUCGCGCUUGUGACGAACUCGUUGGUUCAUGUCGUCAUGUACGGUUACUACUUCCUUUGUGCCGUUGGACGGAGACCGAGGUGGAAGAGGUUUGUGACGGAGUUUCAGAUUGUGCAGUUUGUUUUCGGGUUCGUGUUAUCAGGUUGGAUGUUUCCGGAGCAUUAUUACGGGUCGGGUUGCUCCGGGGUUUGGACAAUAUAUUUCAUGGGUGCGUUUAAUGGGUCUCUCUUGGUUCUCUUCUUCAACUUCCGCUCCAAGAACUAUGCUAACAAGAAACAAUUAGAUAAUUAUUUUCCAAAGGAAACGAUUAAACUGGCUUAAAUUGUUGAAUAUUAUGUAUUGU